AUGUUCAACCUUAUGAAAAUGUCAUGUCAGUUGAGGUUCUCAUCAUUUCGUCGAUUUGUACAUAGCUUUAAUCUAAGAGUACCAGAAGACACGACUGCACAGCCCCCACGCAAGGUACGUGUUACCCCCAUCGUUCUUCGUGAUGCUUCCAGAUGGCGAGGCGUAAAUCACAAGUUUAUUUCCUUGGGCAUCAAAUUCGAACGCGCGGUUGCCGUCGAUGCAGGAAUCAGGAUAAUUCCCAAGUCCGAGGAUGAUUACCGCAGGAUUAUUCGUCUCUUCAGGGAGGAAGACGUGGCCCAUCACACUUUCCCUCUACCCUCCGAGAGGAACGUUCAUGCUGUAAUCAGAGGAGUACAUGCGACACUUUCGGAAAUUGAGAUCAAGGAAGAGUUGCAACAGAGGGGAUAUUCCCCCCUGCUCAUAAUACGCCUGAAACGCGGUGGCGGCGGCGGUGGUAGUCAUACUGCCCAAGAUAGAAAAAUCUCAGCAGCUGUUCAACGAACACGAGCUGCUAGGUUUGGCUAUCCGAGUCGAAGUUCAAAAGAACUCAAGACUCAUCGGGCAGUGUCACCGCUGCCAAAAAUAUGGGCAUGCGCAAUCUUACUGCACUGCACCACCUAA